AUUGGAGGCGGCGGCCCCGGGGCGCGGAGCGAGAGCCCGGCGCGGGGAGCAGCGAGCGCAGCCAUGCCCCAGGCCGCCUCCGGGGCAGCAGCAGCGGCGGCCGGGGCCGGGGCGCUGGCCGGGGGCGCCGGGGGGCCGGCGGCGGCCCGGGCGGGACGAUGAAGCGGCAGAACGUGCGCACGCUGGCGCUCAUCGUGUGCACCUUCACCUACCUGCUGGUGGGCGCCGCGGUCUUCGACGCGCUGGAGUCGGAGCCCGAGAUGAUCGAGCGGCAGCGGCUGGAGCUGCGGCAGCAGGAGCUGCGGGCGCGCUACAACCUCAGCCAAGGCGGCUACGAGGAGCUCGAGCGCGUCGUGCUGCGCCUCAAGCCACACAAGGCCGGCGUGCAGUGGCGCUUCGCCGGCUCUUUCUACUUCGCCAUCACCGUCAUCACCACCAUCGGCUAUGGCCACGCAGCUCCCAGCACGGAUGGCGGCAAGGUGUUCUGCAUGUUCUACGCGCUGCUGGGCAUCCCGCUCACGCUCGUCAUGUUCCAGAGCCUGGGCGAGCGCAUCAACACCUUCGUGAAGUACCUGCUGCACCGCGCCAAGAGGGGGCUGGGCAUGCGGCGCGCCGACGUGUCCAUGGCCAACAUGGUGCUCAUCGGCUUCUUCUCGUGCAUCAGCACGCUGUGCAUCGGCGCCGCCGCCUUCUCCUACUACGAGCACUGGACCUUCUUCCAGGCCUACUACUACUGCUUCAUCACGCUCACCACCAUCGGCUUCGGCGACUACGUGGCGCUGCAGAAGGACCAGGCGCUGCAAACGCAGCCGCAGUACGUGGCCUUCAGCUUCGUCUACAUCCUCACCGGCCUCACGGUCAUCGGCGCCUUCCUCAACCUCGUGGUGCUGCGCUUCAUGACCAUGAACGCCGAGGACGAGAAGCGCGACGCCGAGCACCGCGCGCUGCUCACGCGCAACGGGCAGGCGGGCGGGGCCUGCGGCGGCGGCGGCGGGGGUGGCGCGGGCGGCAGCGCGCACACCACGGACACCGCCUCGUCCACGGUGGCGGCCGGCGGCGGCGGCGGCGGCUUCCGCAACGUGUAUGCCGAGGUGCUGCACUUCCAGUCCAUGUGCUCGUGCCUCUGGUACAAGAGCCGCGAGAAGCUGCAGUACUCCAUCCCCAUGAUCAUCCCGCGGGACCUCUCCACGUCCGACACAUGCGUGGAGCAGAGCCACUCGUCGCCGGGAGGGGGCGGCCGCUACAGCGACACGCCCUCGCACCGCUGCCUGUGCAGCGGGGCGCAGCGCUCCGCCAUCAGCUCGGUGUCCACGGGCCUGCACAGCCUGUCCACCUUCCGCGGCCUCAUGAAGCGCAGGAGCUCCGUAUGAAGGCCCCGCGGGGCCUGGAGCACCUGGGAGCGCGGGCCGGGGGCUCCUGCCGGGAGGAGCAGCUGGGUCGGGGAGGGAGCCGCCCCAGCCGCCUUCGGCCCGUGGGGCGCCCCCCACACCCCUCACCACCCUCUCCCAACCCCCAGCUCCGACUGUGCCUGCUCGCACCAGCCGGCAGGAGCCUGGGCUCUGAGGACCCCUGGAGCCCCCAUCUGCGCCCUGCAAAUUCCGAGAAAUGUGAAACUUGGGGGGUCGGAGGGAGGGAAGGCAGAAGCUGGGAGCCUCCCAUUUCUUUGGAAAUCUAAGGAGCUCCUCAGUCCUCAGAGGCCGUGCUGGUACCCAGACCACCCCCCCUCCUCCAUCCCGAGGGGACUUCGUGUUCCGUGUACGUUUGCAUCUCUAUUUAUACCUCUGUCCUGCCAGGUCUCCCACCUUCCCUUGGCUCCAAAAGCCAGGGUGUCUUUGUCCACGUUACCCACACUCAGUCCACUCCCCUUCCUCAUCCCCGGGUGUCUCCCAACCUCCCACUACCUUCUGUGUUGUUUUGCAUGGCUUUGCAGUUAUGAAGAAAGUGGAAACCCAGCAGUCCCUAAAGCUAGUCCCCAGAGGGCAGGCAGUCAGAAGCCAGGACAGGCGGCAGGAGGUGCAGAGAGUCAGGGGGAGGCCGAGCCUCCAGUCUGCAGGAUGGACCUGCCAGCAGUGAGAGCUGGCUGCCCUCCAGUUGCGUUCUCACAGGGGGCAGGGGGCGUCCAGCUGUUCAGGCACUGCCCUUGGAAUCAAACAGAAAACUUCAUACUUGCCGUCCUCAGCCACUGCUGAUGAUGGCCAACUCCUCACUCUGCAGGAGUUUCAGCCUCUGGAAACUCUGUCCUGACUACUCGUUCAUUUGAUUUUCACAGCGCUCCAGCUAGGUCACCAGGGCCAGAGUUCUCAUGCCCAUUUUACAGAUGACACUGAGAUCCAGGCGGGUGAAGUGACUUGCCCAGGGUGACACAGAUAGUAAAGGCAAAGGGAAACAAGAACCUGGGCUGCUCAUUCCUAGCCUGAUUGCUCUUUCUCUCCAACUCCUCUGCCUGCUCUUGAAAGCAGAGCUUCUGCCGGCGCAGCCUGGCGUCUUGGAGCAGCUGGGGCUUGAAGCAGAACCGGAGCCCAGGACUGAGGCAGCGCUGGGGCUCAGCUUCUGUUCCGCUCAGCUACGAGGCAGGGUCUGGAUGGGCCCCUGAGGCAAGGCAGGAUCCCUCAGUCUCUGGACUGCCUGCUUACAGACAGGGGUGUCCUUGGACCAAAGUAAACAGGGCUGGGCCUCACGAGGAAAAGGCCAGGAUGUGGGGCUCUAGAAGAUUGGGAAUUAGGCAGAGGGGCCUAGAGAGUUGGCAGGCAUAUCCUACUAGGACACUGUCCCUGGCCCCACGGCCAGUGUUGGUGCCUGUGUUCCAGGUAGCUAGAGACAAGCUAAGGCUGCAGCAAGCAACACCCCUCCCAGGUGAGGGGCUUGGACCUGGUGUGCCCACUGCCUGUCCCACCUGCAACCCAGAAGCCCAGAUGGACAGCAGCAGAGGGAGGUGAGGCCCUAGGCUUCACUGUGGGGACCCACAGCUGGAGCUGGUACCGUAACUCAGGACAGCAUCAAGGGGUAGGUGAGGGGGCUUUCCUCCCUCACCGUGCUGUUCCCAUGCCAGCUCCCUAACACUGCUGAGCAAGGCCAGCCCUGGCAUUCAGGGAAGCUGCAGUAGGGGGUCCACGGGCUGAUCAGCCUCAGCCCCACCCCAGCCGUAGGCUCUGGCCUCUGAGAACCUUUGGGAGGGAAGAAGUCUGGCCUGGUCUGUGUGUGAGUCCUGUCUCCAUGUGGAGGAGCUGGCUGCCCACGUGCCAAGGAGAGCAGGGCCCAGGACCCAGGGGUGCCCUCUGUGUUUAUGUUGGGGUGAGGGGCAGUGCUGGCUGCGUCUGUCCUGUGUGUGACCCUGCCCUCGAGGGGUCUUGUCCUGUCAGUCCCGAGGGAGCCACAACCAAAGUUGCAGGGAGCUGGUGGGGAAGGAGGUGAAUGGCCCUCGGCAGAGCGUGGCCGACUGCUCGGUCUCCAGCCGGGCCUUUCCUAGGGAACUGGAAGGCCAGUGUUGCUUCCCCUCACCCCCUCCCACUGCGGGCAGCCUUUCUGCUUCCCCAAUGCCUUAUGCCUGGGCACACUGCCACAGAAUAUGCAAUACGUGUGGGUGACAUGCCCCCACGCCCACACCCUCACCCCGGGCAGCUCCUGGACCCCAAAGGCUGCGGCUGCCACAGCCUCCCUUCAGCCCCUCCUGCCUAUCUGUCUUCACACUGAGAAUGGCGCCUAAUAAAUGCUGUCUAUGGAGACCAGG